AUGACAGCUUUUCUUGAAGCGCUGUUCAUCUUCGAUGAUCAGAGGCAGUGCAUACUCGACCACAUCUACAAUGGAAGACCACCAAAAGCGAGUGAGCUGAGAGCCUCGUUCUACAGCCAUACUGCACCACAACCAGCAGUUCUCUAUCUCUCUGACCUCAAUCCUCCUACGACCGCCUAUUCCGUCAGACAUGCCAAUUUUGUGCUCAUUGCGAUAUGCAGUGUCGAGACAGCAGCUCUCGCAAUCCUCGAAUUCCUGCGUAAAAUAACCGACAUACUUGAGGACUUCCUGGGGAGUCCUCUUCUGUCGCAAAAGAUCGAGGAAAACUACGAGGUCGUGGCUCAAAUAUUGGCAGAAGUCUGUGAUGCGGGUAUAAUAUGCAACACUGAACCGAAUGCUUUACGAGAGUUUGUCGAGGUCUCAUCUACACUUGGAAAGUUGUUCCAGCAGGUCGGCAUAUCAAGUUCUUCUCCUGUACUUGGAGGUCAAUCUGCAGUAUCGUCGUUACGUCCAUCACCCGUGUCCCUCACCAACCAGCCUUCCAUUCCCUGGCGCAAGUCCAACGUUCGGCAUACAUCCAACGAACUCUACGUUGAUAUCAUAGAGUCUCUAUCUGUUGUGUUCGCACCCUCUGGCAAUCCUAUCUCAGCACGCGCAAAUGGCUCCAUCGUCUUCACUGCCAAAAUCUCGGGCGUGCCAGACAUUCUCUUGUCACUCUCUGCAUUAGGUGGCACUUCAUCGCAGAAAUCAAGUGGUAUAGCACGGACGAUGUCCCUGCCUAGCUUUCAUCCUUGUGUACGGCUGAACAGGUGGAAAGAGAAGCCGGGAGAUCUGAGCUUCAUUCCACCGGAUGGAAAGUUCAUGCUGGCAGGUUAUGAGGUCGACCUGCUACCCUACAGCCUACAUGAUGAUCACUUGCCUGCUCAGGGGUCUCAAGGCAAACUCUUCCUUCCGGCCACUGUUGAUUUAAGAACUGGUCUUGGUCCUUCUGGGAACGACUUCGAAGCUAAGCUUACAUUAAAUACCAAUUUCCCUGGUAUGCAGAAGUCCUCCUCAACCGCUGCUGGACGACCCGGUAGUCUGGGUGCAGGUCGCGUUGGGUCUUCAAGUAACGCACCAUUUUCUUUCGGUGGUCCUCAUAGUGGCACAACCGGAGCCCCCACCACUGAAGCAGUCAGUGUCUCUAUUGCAUUUCCACCAGAUGUACGGACUGUGAUGGAUUUCCGACCUAGUCGAGGUGACGCACAAUUCGACCACGCAUCACAGAGGGUGGAGUGGAAGGUUCCGACCAACGCUCGUGAAGGCUCAGUCAGCGGCACAGCAACACUUACAGGGACUGUUGCUGGACCUUUGACCAACGAUGAGCGGACUGACGAUCCAACAAUGACCGAAUAUUAUGACAGUACAACAACAGCAUCAUCGAACACAGAAAAUGGUAUGCUCAAGAAAAGUAGCAAAAGAAAUCUGAUGCCGCAGACGAUAAGUACGAGUUUUACAGUCAAGGGAUGGUUGCCUAGUGGAAUCAAGGUCGAAGCUCUUCUGGUAGAUGUCAAGAAGUCAAAGGGUUUGGGUGAAGGUGUUAAACCGUACAAAGGCGUAAAAUACCUUUGCGUGAGCCGGAAGGGCGUAGAACGUCGUGUGGAUGUGCGCUAG